CAUGGCCUCAGCCUGCAGCCUCCCGUGUGAAGAACAGCUCCUGUGUUCCAUCUGUCUGAACAUGUUCACUGAGCCUGUCUCUACUCCAUGUGGACACAACUACUGCAAGACUUGUAUCACAGGGUACUGGUCCAACAGAGACCUGAUACAGUGUCCCCUUUGUAAAAAGAAGUUCCGCAAGAGACCACAGCUUCAGGUCAACACAGGGUUCAGAGAUAUGGUGGAGCAUUUCAACAACAUGAGGGUGAGGGGGGAAGAUGAGACACCUGCCAAACCAGGGGAGGUGACCUGUGACAUCUGCCUUGAGCCGAAGCUCAGGGCCCAGAAGACGUGUCUGGUGUGUUUGGCCUCGUACUGCCAGCUUCACCUGGAGCCUCAUCAGAGAGUCAAAACCCUGAAGAAGCACCAGCUGAUCGAGCCUGUGUCAAACCUGGAGGACAGGAUGUGUAAGAAGCAUGAUAGGAUGUUUGAGUUCUUCUGCUACAAAGACCGGAUGUACAUUUGUGUCAUGUGCUUGAAAGAAGAACAUGUAACACAUAAAGCUGUGCCGUUAGAGCAGGAGUUCAGAGACAGGAAAGUCGGCUUGGACGAUUUGGCAUCAAAGUUAAAAAACAUGGAAAACACUCAUUCUGAGGAUAUCAGGCGAAUCAAACAUUUUGUCAAACAGAGCAGGAAACAGUCAGAGAAAGAGAUAGCAGACAUCACUGAGGUUUUCACUGCUCUGGUGGUCUCUCUACAAAGCAGCCAGGCUGAGCUGAUCCAGGUGAUCCAGGAGAAGCAGAAAGAAGCAGAGAAGGAGGCUGAAGACUGUAUGACACCUGUGGAACAAGAAGUGGCUGAGCUGAGGGAGAAAAGAUUAGAAAUGGAGAAACUUUUACAAACAGAGGACCACUUCCACUUCCUGCAGAGCUGUCCAGUUCUCUCUUUCCCAAUAGAAAGUCUCAUGGGUAGAGCUGUACUCAACUCCAGCGAGCAAAUAGACCUCUCUGAUGUCAGUCAGCCAAGUUAUGUGAGGAUGGUGAAAAAGUCAGUGUCUCAGAUGGAAAAGAUACUCAGUAAUGAGAUGAAGAUGCUUGUUAAUAAGGUCAGGUUAUCUGAUGGCUUUGAGGCUGAUGAACAGUCUGAUACAGAUGAAGAGUGGACUCCACCUCGAGACAAACUGAUGAUGAUCCAGCAGAACGAUGCAGUGGAUGUGACUCUGGACCACUACACAGCCCUUUCCAGACUUGCAGUGUCUGACGAUGGGAAACAGCUGAGAUUUCGUGAAGGUCUACUACCAUCUCUUACUGUUUUCUUUGGAAACAGAUUUCAAAUUCGACCCUUUGUCCUCGGGAAAGAGGGGUUUUCCUCUGGCAGGUUCUACUACGAGGUUAGGGUGAGUGGGAGUAAAGGCUGGGUCUUGGGAGUGGCCAAAGAGUCCGUUAACAGGAAGAUAAACUUCAUCUGCCCUGAGAAUGGAGUCUGGACAGUUGGUAUGGUCAUCACCCACGAGGAAGAAGAAUAUUUCUGUGAUAACCCUGGUCACAUGUACCUGAGGCAAAACCCAAAGACAGUCGGUGUGUUUGUCGAUUAUGAGAAGGGAGAGGUCUCCUUCUAUGACGUGGAUGCCAGGACUCUGAUCUGCUCCUACAGAGGAUUAAACUUCAUGGAGAGCCCACCAAUUCUGAAAUCUCUUCUCUAUUCUAUGGCUGGUGCAUCUGCUAGUAGCAGACCAAAGCUCUACCCUUUCUUUGGUAUCUCUAAAAAUGAAAAUAAUCCUGACAACAUGCUCGAAAUCACUCCUGUAGCCCACACCACCUAAAGUGCCACAUAAAUCAGGCCAAACUAAUAAGUAACAUCUACCAUGAGGUGAUAUGUACUUCUCUACUGUUGGUAUUUCCAAUCAAAUUGUGAAAAAGGCGAAAUUUUAAAUGAACAAACACUUGGUGAUGAGGUUUUAUUUUAAAUUGCAGAGAAAGAUAGAAUGAUCAGUCAUGUACUGUAAAUAUAUACACGUUGCAAUAUUAGAUGUCACUACUGUUUAACCAGACUCUUUUUCUCAGAGAAUUUACUGUUGGAGGGAACAACAAGGAGUGAACAGUGGCAUCAUAGUGAACCCAAUUUAAUCUUGAAUACUAUCAAGAAUGCUUUUGAUCUAUAGGUUUAAGACUCAUCAUUUAGCCAAUCUACAGAAAAUUAACCUUUAUAAUUCCUUUGGCAAUAGAAUAAUCAUUUAACCCACUUUCAAUGGAAAAUUGCUUCUCAAAUGUGGAUAUUUGCCUGUUUUGAGAGUUAAAUCUUCAGGCUUUGUUUAGUUGGUUGGACCAACAUACAACUUAAAUAUGUAAAUUUUGCCUUUAUAAAAUCUGAUAGGUAUUUGUUAAGGUUUUCUGUCAUUUUAUAGACCAAAAAAAUAAAACAAAUAAACUGGGAUUACAUAGUCUGCAGGAAUGCAAUAUAUUUACAGUCGACAUUACUAACCACCUGCUUAGUGCUAAGUAUCAAUAAUACUGUUCAUCAGUGACGUUAGUAUACACCUGUGAGCAAAUUAUGUUAAUACUUUUAUGUUUUGAUUCCUUUAUGGUCACAUAAAGCCCAUAGUACUCCUUUCAUUUUUAAAUGCAAAUCCUCGGGAAAGAGGGGUUUUCCUCAGGCAGGUUCUACUACGAGGUUUGGGUUGGUGGGAGUAAAGCCUGGGUCUUGGGAGUGGCCAAAGAGUCCGUUAACAGGGAGAUAAACUUCAUCUGCCCUGAUGAAGAAGUCUGGGCAGUUCAUAUGUACAUCAGCAAGGGAGAGGCAUAUUUAAAUAAUGUCUCUUUUCAACAAAACCUGAUCCAAAGACCCCAAACAGUUGGUGUGUUUGUCGAUUGUGAGAAGGGAGAGGUCUCCUUCCAUGACGUGGGUGCCAAGACUCUGAUCCGCUCCUACACAGGAUGUAACUUCAUGGAAACUACACCAUCUUUUCUCCAUUUCCUGACUGGUGAAACUGUUUGUAGCAGAGCAAAGCUUUACCCUUUCUUUGGUUUCUUGACACCUGUAGAUGAUCUUGACAACAUCCUUGGAAUCAGUCCGAUAGCUCGCACCACUUAAAGUGUGAUAUAAAUCAGGGGAAGCUAAUGUGUAACUUCUACCACGAGUUAACAGUAGUAGCAACAUAACCAACGCAGUCUGAAACUUCUUCUUCAGCACCUUUAGCAUGCAACACACUGGACACUUCCCAUGAUUCACUGACACACCCUUGUGUUACAUCUUUAGACUGCACUACUACACAGCUCCUAACAUGAAUACAUAAAGUGAACUUUUAUGCUUUAUUCUUUUUUUCUUUGGUAUUUGAUGUAUGUCAUUUAACAGAACUGAUGUAAAUGUCUUAUAUGUAAUUAUGAUACCAUAACAUAAUUAGAAGUUGUAAUAAUAAAUUACAUUUUAGUCAGUUUAUUCCAUAAUGAGCAACACAUUUGCUUUUGGAAACUGUGUGAAGUACUUAUAUGGUGAAUUGUAAUAUGAUAACUUUUCUUCUAUACUGUAUAUUCCUCCUUUCCCACACUGUUGUAAGGUAACAUCAGCUUCAUCUAACAUGUGCUC